AUGACUACACAAAUUAAAAGAUUUUUUGAUGACUAUUCUCGCCAUUUUCGAAUGAACGGUGGAUCUAUUAAAUCUAUUAAAUAUGGGGUGAGUCUUAAACGUAAUAUUAGGAAUGACCGAAAAGGUGAUCAUGUAUCCGAAUUUGACAAAAUUUGUGAAGUACAAUCUGAUAAAGCUUCUGUCGAAAUCACUUCACGUUAUACUGGAAUCGUUAAAGAAUUAUUUUAUAAAAUUGGUGAUAUGGCCAAAGUAGGAAGUAAAAUAGUUGAUAUCGAAACUGAAAAUAUAAACGAAACUAUUGAUUCUACGGUGGGUAAUGUUAGUGACGGAAAAUUAUAUAUGUUGGCUGCUCCCGCGGUGAGACGAAUAGUACGUGAACAUAACAUUGAUAUUAAAAGUAUCAAAGGAACUGGAAAAGAUGGUCGGGUGACAAAAGAGGAUGUGUUAAAUCAUGUGGCUGAUCUAAAAAUUGCAGAUAUUCAAAAACCUUACGUUUCUCAGUAUCCUGUGGAAGAUAAAAUUGUUCCUCUUACAAACAUUCAAAAAUCAAUGUUUAAAAUUAUGACGAAAUCUCUUCAAAUUCCUCACUUUGGAUAUAGUGACGAAUAUUCUUUUGAUAAUGUCAUUUCAUUUCGUGACAUGAUUGGUCAAAGUAAUAAUCAAUUUUCAAUCAAGAAAAUUUCUUAUAUGCCAAUUUUAAUAAAAUCAUUUUCGGUAGCUUUACAACAAUUUCCUAUUCUCAACGCAAGUAUUAUUGAAAAAGAAAAUGAUGAUGGUGAUUCCAAUGUGAUAAAAAUAAGAUAUCGUAGUGCACAUAAUGUUGGGAUUGCUAUGGAUACACCAGGAGGAUUAUUAGUACCAAAUAUAAAAAAUGUACAAACGAAAUCUAUUUUUGAAAUUUCCGAAGAUUUACAACGUUUACAAGAAGCGGGUAAAAAAAAUUUAAUUUCACCAACUGAUUUAAAAGAUGGAACUAUAACUUUAUCAAAUAUUGGAAUAAUUGGAGGAAUUUUUCUUUCGCCAGUAGUUGUUUGUUCUGAAUUAUGUAUAGCGGCAAUAGGAAAAAUUCAAAGAUUACCAAGAUUUGAAAUUAUUAAAGAUAAAAUUACAGGAGAAAUUAAAGAACAAGUAGUAGCUAAAAAUAUUGUUCCAAUAAGUUUUUCAGCGGAUCAUCGAGUAAUUGAUGGAGUUACAAUUGCUAAAUUUUCUCAAAGAUGGAAAAAUCUUUUGGAGAAUCCAGCUUUGUUGUCAGCUGAAUUACGAUAA